AUGCGGAAAAUCUGCCUCGAGGAUUCUGGGGGAGGCAAAAAUUCGCUUGCACCAACAACAAAAAUAACGAGAAGCUGCCAAAGACCACACUCACUAUAUAUUGCAACAUACAAUGCCAGAACACUGUCAUCGGACGAAAAACUUCUAGAACUGGAGGAAGAACUUAAGAAUAUAAAAUGGGACAUACUGGGUAUAAGUGAAGCCCGCAGAAUAGGAGAGGGACAGGUUAUUUUGAAGUCCGGAAAUACAUUAUGCUACUCAGGUGAAGAAACUGCCAUAAGAGGCGUUGGAAUCCUAGUCCACAAAAAAUACAAAGAUAUGAUUGUAGAUGUCAAAAACAUAAGCCCACGAGUCAUAUGUUUAACAAUCAAAUUAAAUAAAAAAUACUCUGUAAAGGUUAUUCAGGCAUAUGCACCAACUACCGAAAGUACAGAUGACGAAUUGGAGAACUUUUACGAAGAUGUAUCCACUGCUCUACAAAAUGGAAAAACACACUAUACAAUGUUAAUUGGAGAUUUUAAUGCCAAAGUUGGUAGCAAACAAGAUGAAGCGGAAACUUCAGUCAGCUAUCAUGGAUUGGGAAGCCGAAACGAAAGAGGUGAUACACUGAUAGAUUUCGCACACCACAACAAAUUAUAUACAUGA